GGGAGCCCGGGAGCCGGAGCCGCCCAGCCCGCGUGCGGCAGGCCCGCAGCCCUCCUUUCCCGAGAGGGCGACGCGAUUGCUGAGGGGGUGCAGGGAGGAGGCUGUGCAAUUCCCGCGGCAAAAGCUGCGCGGGGAGGCGAGGUGCGGGGGACUUGAAGCGGGGUGGGGAAUUAGGGACAACUUGAAUGGAGGCUGCGGACUCUGCGGGCGGAUUGGGACUUCAGGAUUUGAUGCCGCCAUGUUCAACCAGCAGCUGCCGCAGCAGCAGCAGCUCCAGCAGCAGCAGCAGCAGCUCCAGCAGUUGCAGCAGCAGCUCCAGCAGCAGCAGCAGUUACUGCAGCUCCAGCAGCUGCUCCAGCAGUCCCCCCCACAGGCCCCCCUGCCCAUGGUGGUGGGCAGGGGGCUCCCCCAGCCGCAGUCACAGCAGCAGCUUCUGAAUCUCCAGGGCACCAACUCGGCCUCCCUUCUCAACAGCUCUGUGCUACAGAGAGCUUUGCUUUUACAGCAGUUGCAAGGACUGGACCAGUUUGCAAUGCCACCAGCCACGUAUGACAGUGCCGGCCUCACCAUGCCCACAGCAACAUUGGGUAACCUCCGUGGCUACAGCCUGACAACCCCGAGCCUGACAGCCCCCAGCCUUACACCCCCACAGCUGGCCACCCCAAAUCUACAGCAGUUCUUUCCCCAGGCCACUCGCCAGUCCCUGCUGGGCCCCCCUCCUGCUGGGGUCCCCAUGAACCCUCCCCUUUCAAGGCGGACUCCCCAGAAACAGGCACGUACCCCCUCUUCCACUACCCCCAGUCACAAGGAUUCUUCUUCUCAGACGAUGCCUGUGGAAGACAAGUCAGACCCCCCGGAGGGGUCUGAGGAAGUGGCAGAGCCCAGAACCGACACACCAGAAGGUCAAGAGUCUCCCCACUGCCCAGAUGGCAUCGCUAAGGAGAAACGCAUGCCAGCACCAGAGCCGGAGCCUUAUGGGGCUUCACAGCCACCAGCCAAGAGGCUGAAAAGCUCAGAGGAGCCUGCAAAGAAAGGGCCCCCAGGGCAGCUGCAGGCAAAGGUCCAGCCGCAGGGCCGGAAGACAGUACCAAAGCAGACACAGACACCUGCGCUGCUGCCUGAGCCUCCAGAAGCCUGCAUGCCACCACGAUUCCCACCACGGGUUCUGCAGAUCCAGGCCAAGGUGCAGCCACAGACUCAGCCACAGACGCCACAAAUGGACACCCAGGUGCAGCCAAAGCUGCAGAAGCAGGCACAAACACAGACCUGUCCAGAGCACUUAGUGCCUCAGCAGAAGCAGGUGCAGCCACAGCUGCAGGAGACAGAGCCACAGAAGCAGGUACAGACGCAGGUGCAGCCAGAGGCAUCUUCAUAUCCCCCAAAGCAGGCGCAGCUGCAGCUGCAGAACCAGGCACAGACACAGACGUAUCCACAGGUACAGAUCCAGCUGCAGACACAAGCACGGCCAAGGGUCCAGCUGCUGGAACAGCCACGGGAGCAGCCACCUGAGCAGCCUCCAGUAGAGUUGCCAGCGGAGCAGACCCAGGGACAGCCUCAGACCCAGCCACAGGUGUCAGUGCCAGUGGAGCAAGCGCCGGUUCCAGUUCUUGCCGCGGCGCUGGACACACUGCCUGAUGCAGUAGAAGCUGGAGAAGGCCUGGAGGAGGUCUCACCGGGGCCAGAGAAUGCCCAGGUCAGCGUGGAGGAAAGCCAGGAGGAAUCUGCCAGCAGCCUGGAUGUGGGAGAAUGUGAACAAAGAACUGGAGAGAUGCUCAGGGUGUGGGGUGCUGGGGGCUCCCUGAAGGUCACCAUCCUGCAGAGCAGUGACAGCCGGGCCUUUAGCACUGUACCCCUGAACCCUGGGCCCCGUCCCAAUGACUCCACGUCCACCACCCCUGCUGCCACCAGCGCGCCUUCCAAGCAGACCCUCCAGUUCUUCUGCUAUAUCUGCAAGGCCAACUGCACCAGUCAGCAGGAGUUCCAGGACCACAUGGCAGGGGCCCAGCACCAGCAGCGGCUUGAGGAGAUCCAGCACAUGAGCCAGGCCUGCCUCCUGUCCCUGCUGCCUGUGCCCCGGGACGUUCUGGAGAGAGAGGAGGAAGAGCCUCCAUCCAGGCGCUGGUGCAACACCUGCCAGGUGUACUAUAUGGGGGACCUGAUCCAACACCGCAGGACACAGGACCACAAGAUUGCCAAACACUCCCUGCGACCAUUCUGCACUGUGUGCAACCGCUACUUCAAGACCCCCCGCAAAUUUGUAGAGCAUGUGAAGUCCCAGGGACACAAGGACAAAGCCAAGGAGCUGAAGACACUUGAGAAGGAGAUAGCUGGUCAAGACGAAGACCACUUCAUCACGGUGGAUGCUGUGGGCUGCUUCGAGGGUGACGAAGAAGAGGAAGAGGAGGAUGAUGAAGACGAAGAGAUUGAGGUUGAGGAAGAGUUCUGCAAGCAGGUCAGGUCCAGAGAUAUGUCCAUAGAGGAGUGGAAGGGCUCAGAGACCUACAGCCCCAACACCGCGUAUGGCGUGGACUUCCUGGUGCCCGUGAUGGGGUACAUCUGCCGCAUCUGCCACAAGUUCUACCACAGCAACUCGGGGGCACAGCUCUCCCACUGCAAGUCCUUGACCCACUUUGAGAACCUGCAGAAAUACAAGGCGGCCAAGAACCCCAGCCCCACCACCCGGCCCGUGAGCCGCCGGUGUGCAAUCAACGCCCGGAACGCCUUGACUGCCCUGUUUGCCUCCGGAGGCCGCCCACAAAUCCAGCCCAGCACACAGGACAUGGCCAAAACCCCCACCAAGGUGACAGCCCAACCUCCCCAGCCCCCACCACCCCGGCGCUCUACCCGCCUCAAAACCUGAUAGAAGGAGCCUGCGCCCAGCCCAGGUCUGCAAUACUUUUUAGAAGUCUGCUUGGAAACUCUUACAUGGUUGGUGUUUUUACUUAAAAUGCAAUAAAAGAAGGUAGUUUGGCUGUA